AUGUCAAUGACUUCCCAAUUCAGAAGUCAUUUCCCCAUCCCAAAAAUCAACUGGUUUCCUGGACAUAUGAAAAAAGCCACCGACGAAAUGCUUAAAAAAAUUAAAAAAUGCGACGUUUUCAUCGAAGUAAGAGACGCCAGAGUAAUUUCAAAUUAGAUCCCAUAUUCCUCAUCUAACACUUUUAUAUCCAAAAACGCAAUCGACAAGCCAAAAAUCGUGAUUUUAAACAAGAUGGAUCUCUGCUCAGUCACCUAUACAAACCAAUUGGCUGAAAAAAUCAAAGAUGAGUGUGAUAAAGUUCUGCUUUUUUCGGCAGCGACUAAUCAGAAUAUUAAUCUUAUUUUGGACGCUGUAAAGAAAAUUGUGCCUCCAAAGUUCAAAACUGUAGGAAGCUGGAUGAUGAUAGGAGGUGUCCCUAAUGUGGGGAAAAGCUCGAUAAUUAACUCAUUGAGGAGAAAAUCUAAAGCUUUUAAUUCAAACAGUGAUUUUUUAUUUAGAGGAAGUAGCCACAACAGGUCCUGAGCCAUGUGUUACUAGAGGUGUCCAAGGGUUUAAAGUAAGCAUGAAUCCUUUGCUAUAUGUAAUUGACACACCUGGAAUUAUGCUCCCAAGGCUUGACAAUGCAGAAAAAGCUAUAAGACUUGCUUUAAUAGGGGCAAUCAGAGAUGAUGUUGUAGGAGCUGACGUGAUCUGCGAUUACUUAUUGUUUUGUUUAAAUAAACACAGAAUGUUUGAUUAUGUUAAAAAAUAUGAUCUCCCUGGGCCUACUGAUGUAUUAGAAGAAGUGCUUUUGCAUUUGCAAAAAAAAUAUCACUGGGACGACCAAGCCUUAUGCAAAGCUGUAAUAAAGCAUUUCAGAGAAGGAAAACUCGGCAGAAUUACUUUAGAUCGAAUUAAUGAGUAUUAG